GAGAUGUAUAUGGCAACAUAGAGAUAUUCCAGGCUGUUCAUGUAGGAUGUGGUUGAUCUAUGGUUCAUGUUCACUAUAUAGUACAUUAGUUCACUUUUUUAUCAUUUAUUGUUUUACGCGUUUGUGUUACUGUUCUGUUUUGAAAAGAGUGUGUCAUGGCGGAUGCAUUUUCUGAAUUAAUGUUAUUUUACAAUUAUUUACUUUGGAUAAUUUCUACAUUAUAAUUUCAUUCUGUGAAUAUUUGUGAAACUUGUCACUAGCUAGUUGAUUUUCUUUCUUUAAUCUUUCAUUUAUUGGUUGAGUAUCAACAAGGUCAUACGGUUAUGACAAAUGUAGAUUCUUGAUCGUUUUUCGGAAUCAAUAUUUUUUGGAAUUAACCAGUUUAAAAAAAAAUAAUGGCGGAGAGUCAAGUCAAUGUGAAAUAUUACAGUUCAUCAAGUCCACCACCAAAUUGUGCAAUUUGCUUGGGAGCAUUUUCAAAUAAAUGCUUUUCUGAUUCAUGUAUGCACCAGUUUUGCUUCAAGUGUCUCUUGGAGUGGUCAAAAAUCAAACCUGAGUGUCCAUUAUGUAAACAACCAUUCACAAGAAUCAUACAUAAUUUUAAAAGUCAUGAAGAAUACGAUGAACAUGUUGUUGAGAUAAGACCACCUGAAGAAGUUCACAUUAUAGAUAAUGAAGAAUACCUAUUUCUUCCAAUUGGGCAACCACCACAAUCUACUAGACAUCAUUUUCAUUUCAGAACCACUUUUACUGUAGAUACUCAUGGAGAACAUGCUAUCCAGCAGAUGUUAUUGACACAUCCACAAAUUUCAGUUAGUACUAGUGGAUAUCCCACUUCAAGAAAUAUAACUCACAGAAGACGUCGUGAGACUGCGACAACAACUAGUUUUCGUAGGUCUAUUUACAUACGAAAUCUAUGGGUAAUUGCACCUCCUGAUGUUACUGGUCGCUAUAGAGAUGUAUCUCCAUCAUUUUAUAGUGAUUGUCCUGGAGCUCGCACAAGACUUGUUCCCUGGUUAAAUAGGGAAUUGAAUGCACUGCUUUAUGAAAACACUCAAUUGGUUAUGAGACUUGUAGAUGUAAUAUUGGAUCAUUUACUUCGUUAUCAUAUUUGUAGCAGAACAUUCCGUAAUUUACUUUAUGAAUACUUGGAUAAUAAAACUGAUCAUUUUAUACAUGAAUUUUAUAAUUUUAUGAGGUCCCCAUUUGAUAUGAUUGGUUAUGACCGACAAGUGAUAUAUACUGAAAGACCACCAACUCCAUAUAUAAUAACACCUCAGGAGGAGAUUUCUGACAGUGGACAUGAUAGUGAUGUAAUUAUAGUGGGUAGCUCAAAUCCACAGGAACCAGUUAUAAUUGAUCUUGUGAAUACAGAUUCUGAUGAACCAAUUUUAAUUUCUCAAGAAGAUCCUCCUCCACCAGAACUUAUACAUAUACCAGAUAACAGCCCUGAGCCACCAUCAAGGGAAAGAGAGUGCAGGACUCCAGUAUUACCUCCCAAAUUACGCCUCAAACACAAGAGAAGAUCAAGGGAAGAAGCAAGAGAAAAAAGGUAUAGAAAAAGGCCUCGCAGGGUCCGGUCUAGAUCUACCAGUUCAUCGAGUUCCAGUGAUAGUUCCUGGAAAGCUAGUGAAAGAUAUAGACGGAAGAAAAAGGUGACGAAACUAAAAAAGCGACUUCCCUCAAGUUCUGAAAGUGAGAAAGAAAGAAAUUAUACUUCCGAUUCUGAUAUUCCUCUUGCUGAUCUAAUAAACGGAAAAAGAAGUAAAAGAAAAUCUUGUGGCCCUAAAACAUUUUCGAAAAGUAGUUCAAUUGCAACCAAAGAAUUUGAAGACAUAAAUAGCAGUAGCGAAAAUAAAGAUUUACCAAGUUGUUCGAAAUACUCGGAAGCUGUAGACCUUAGAACUAAUCCAAGACGAGAAUCUCCAUCGGAUUUAGAUGUUCCAACAUGUUCAAGAUUUACAAGACCAAGUCGUAAUUGUAUUAUGUAUAAAACUCGUUUAGAUGAUUCUAGUGACGACGAAUAUAUAUGUAAACCCCAAGUAAAAAGUGAAAUAAAGCCAAUAAAAAGGGAGCCAAAUGUAACAACCUCUAAGAAUAGUGAACUUAUAAAAAACAUCAAGAUAAAAAAAGAAAAUUGGAGUAAUUCAUGCUUAUACGAAUGCAACUAUGAUUCAUCUGAUAAUGAAAAUAUUUCAAAUUCUAAGUCUGUAAUUUAAGAUAAUGUAAUAAAUUGUGUCAAUGCCUUUUUCUUAUUUAAGUUGUACAGUUAAUUUAUCCAAAAUAAUUUUAUAACAUGUUAACUCUUAUUUUAUACUUUAUUUGUGUAUUAUCAAUAAAGAUAUGGAGUUUCGCCCACAAUACAAUAUUUUUUGAUAACUUUAUAUUUCACAAUUUGACUAUAUUUUUUUGGUCAAUAUAAAUUUCUACAUCAAUGCCAUUGUUACAUCAUGACAAAAUUUCUUUUGCAUCAGUUCAUAUAUGUUUCCACAUAGACUGCUUUUAAGUUAAGGAAGUUCAUAGUGAUAGUGAAAUGAGAUUUUUGGUCACCAAGUGUUUACAUGUUAUUAUGCGACUUUUCUUUUAUAUUAACUUCUGUGUGCCCUUUUGCCUAGUGCACCUGUAAUUUAAAGUAAAUAAAAAUUCGAGGUUGUGUACCUUUUAUCAUGCAACGCCUCUGAAAAAUUACAUAAAACGCUGUGUGUUCUUAUAGUGUAUGUGAGGAGGUGAUUGAUAAGAAUUCAGGGCUGUUUAGAGUUGCCCCAAGCAUGUUAGAGAAGAUUGAAGUUUAGUGGUACAGGGAGCAAUGCCAAAUGUGUCCUAAGCCUUUUAGACCUCACUUGAAAGUUGCGGUCGAUUAUUAUCAAUCAAGCAAUAACAAUUCUGUACACUUUCACAAAGCACUCUAGAAAGAGCCCAUACACAAAAUUGACGAUUAUCAGAAAAACUCUUCAUAUAAGUGAAUUUCUAUUCAAUAUAUUAAUUCUUUUGCUCAUUAGCCCAAGCAUAAGUUCACCAUACUGUUUUAAAUGAAACUAACGCAUGAAAAGCAGUCCAGAACCCUCUUCUCGGAGGCUUUUCAUAAGUAGAUAUAGUCAGAAAAAGAUUUUGUACUGAGGUGUUGACUUGAGGUCGACCAUUUGUAGGUCUACGAAGCCAUAUUGACAAUUUCACUGACCUGAAACACGUCCUCAUUUUCUAUCUGAAGACUACCUACUUCAAGCGAAUUGAUAGCUCUAUUAGCUUCAUAUGCAGUAUUUUUAUGGCUGGGCAUUUUUCAAAAAAAUAAAUUGAAUUUUAACUUACUAUUCAUUGAAUAAAUUGGAACCUAUAGUUUAUAUAAAAUUCUUGAAAAUACAAAAGAAAAUAAUUUGAUUCAAAUUUGGAAACUAGACAGAUAGGUGUUCAAUAUUUAGUACAGACAACUCUUAGGUAAUAAAACAGUUGAUAAUUUUUAACAUAAAUACAAUAUUCAGGAACUUCCCUGACUUAUUUGGAAUAAAUUGUGUAAAUAUAAUAAAGAGGUAAUUUUCUCUGUUUCGUUGUUUGUGAGCAGUCUCCUUUAGUUAUUUUGAUAUUUUAAUUAUUGCAAAUAUAAAAUUUUUGGUUCAUUUAGAAUUUAAUCUUUAAUACAUGAAAAUUCUUAUUUACCUUUCAAAA